UGGCCUUGUCACCCGAGACGAUCCAGGAACACGUGUGCCUAUGCCCAGGAGAGCGGAACCUAGCGUCCUUGCAGGCACAUAGAAUAACUUGAAGAUAAAAAAACAAAAUAUUUAAGCUACUUCUUCUUUAAAUUCAUCUGUAUAGAUAAUCAGGCUAACUGCAUAUUUUAAGUUUCAGCGACCUCGAAACGUGACGUCGAUAUGACAUCGGACUAAGUUUAUCACUUUAAUUAGAGAUUGGUCUUUUCUGUUUGUUUUGUUUUGCUUCCUUGUAGCCGACAAGCAGAUUAAGCUAUCCUGUCAGUCUUGUAAGUUUGGAAAUAAUUGCGCGCAAUGGCAUUUGGAUAAAUCUUAAGUUUGUGCAAUAUUUAGGAGGACUGUUACGUUGCUUGCAUUAAUUAAAGUAAGCAAUUUCGUCACAGAGAAACAAAAUUGGACAAUAUCAAUAGCUGAUUAGCAAAGCAAGCUAACAUGGUAUACUUUACUAUUUGAAAAACUACUGGAACUGGAAAACAAUAGACAAUCUUACACGGACACAAUGAGGAGUCGCAGUAACUCUGGAGUGAAACUCGACAACUAUGCCCGUAUAGUUCAGCAAACCAUCCUGCGUUACCAGGACCCUGUGACAGGGCUGCUACCAGCUAGUGGAGAUCAGCCACAUGCCUGGGUCCGGGAUAACGUCUAUAGCAUCGUGUCUGUGUGGGCCCUGAGCUUGGCGUACCGCAAGAAUGCUGACCGCGAUGAGGACAAAGCCAAGGCCUACGAACUGGAGCAGAGUGUGGUUAAACUAAUGAGGGGAGUACUGCAAUGUAUCAUGAGGCAGUUGGAUAAAGUGGAGAAGUUCAAAUAUAGCAAGAGCACCAAGGACUCCCUGCAUGCCAAGUACAACACCCACACGUGUGCCACAGUGGUGGGGGACUCGGAGUGGGGCCACCUCCAGGUGGAUGCCACUUCUCUCUUCAUGCUCUUCCUGGCACAAAUGACUGCCUCAGGACUCAUCAUUGUCUACACACAAGAUGAAGUGGAUGUAAUCCAGAACCUUAUGUUCUACAUUGAAACUGCAUACAAAGUGGCUGAUUAUGGUAUGUGGGAGAGAGGCGACAAGACCAACCAGGGUAUCCCAGAGCUCAAUGCUAGCUCUAUUGGCAUGGCCAAAGCUGCACUGGAGGCACUAGAUGAGCUAAAUCUGUUUGGUGCCAAAGGAGGACCAGGGUCUGUUGUCCAUGCAUUAUCAGAUGACAUUCAGCAUUGCCAGUCCAUCCUUAAUUCCAUGCUACCCCGGGCCUCGACCUCCAAGGAGGUGGAUGCAGGAGUCCUCUCCAUCAUCUCGUAUCCUGCUUUUGCAGUGGAAGACAUGAGCAUAGUCAAUCUCACCAAAGAGGAGAUCAUCUCCAAGCUGCAGGGACGCUAUGGUUGUUGCAGAUUCCUCAGGGAUGGCCACAAAACCCCCAAAGAGGAUCCAACCCGACUAUAUUAUGAGUCUGCUGAGCUGAAGUUGUUUGAGAAUAUUGAGUGUGAGUGGCCUCUCUUCUGGACUUACCUUAUCCUGGAUGGGAUUUUCAUCAACAGCCCAGAGCAGGUGCAAGAGUACAGGGAAGCUCUAGAUGGCAUUCUUAUCAAGCAGAAGGAUGGGAUUCGUCUGGUACCAGAACUCUACAGCGUCCCGGCAGAUAAAGUGGAUGAGGAGUAUGUCAACCCCCACACCGUGGAGAGGGUACCUAUGGGCAAGUGCCCUCUGAGAUGGGGCCAGUCUCUGUAUGUUUUGGGGAGCCUCUUGGCCGAGGGUUUUUUGGCUCCCGGAGAGAUUGAUCCUCUGAACCGGCGCUUUUCCACUAUCCCAAAGCCUGAUGUAGUUGUACAAGUCUCGGUUUUGGCCGAGACAGAGGAGAUCAAGCAGCUGCUGAUAAAAAACGGGAUUGAAGUGGAGACCGUGGCAGACAUCCACCCCAUCCGAGUACAGCCCUCCCGGGUGCUUAGUCACAUUUAUGCCAGACUCGGGCGGAACCACAGACUGGGCCUAACGGGAAGACCCUAUCGGAGGAUGGGAGUACUGGGAACGUCCAAACUGUACAUUGUCCGGAACACCAUCUUUGCCUUCACUCCUCAGUUUAUUGACCAUCAGCAGUUUUACCUUGCUUUGGACAACAGAAUGAUUGUGGAUAUGCUACGCACUGACCUAUCCUACUUGUCUUCACGCUGGAGGAUGACUGGUCGACCCAUGGUCACUUUCCCCAUCUCUCAGACUAUGCUCACUGAAGACCAUACUGACCUGGAUCCGGCUGUCCUUGCAACACUUAAAAAACUUCAGGAUGGUUAUUAUGGAGGAGCAAGAAUACAGACGGGGAAGUUGUCAGAGUUCCUGACCACUUCCUGUUUUGCGCACUUGAGUUUCAUGGACAGUGGUAAGAAUCGGGGCAGCUGCAUGGCCUGGGAUGAUGAUGAUGAUGAUUAUGAAGAGGAGGAAGACAAUGACUGCUUUGAGCGGCCCAUGCAUGAGCUCGAAUUUAAUGAUGAGACGGAUGACCUGGCGCAGUACCUAGACCAGCUCUUAGCUACUUCAGUUCCCAGGCAAGGUCUCCAAGUGACCGGGGGAGUGACCGGCCUGAGUCGCUUCAAAGCAGCAGCGAAUAAGACACGAGAGAUGGUGUCACUUAUGCGUAAAGCGAAAGAUCUGCAGAUUCAAAACAUUCACAUGUACUUGCCUACUAAGCUGUUCCGCUCCCCUCAACCCGCCCUGAACCUUAGAGAUUCUUCUGGACCUCAGAGUCAGGGCCCAGAGGUGAUAGUGACCGGAGAGAGUAACCUGCCCCGAGAUGUCAGCGGUAACAUCGACUAUGAAGCUCUAGUCCGACUUCUCGCCGAAACACGCAACCUACAAGAUCAGGCAGACAUCUUGUAUAUUCUCUUUAAAGACAAAGGGAUGGACUGGGACACACGCCUGCUAGGUAAGGGAACGACAGUUCGCUGCUUGCUCAUGGAUCUUUACGAGAAGGCCGGUGACCUGCGUAUGUGGGGUCUCAUCCGCAUGAUCUCUGGGAUGCUCCGGAAGAAAGUGGAGGAGCUUGACUGGGCCUGCUCUGAUCUGCUGUCACAUCAGAAGCAUCUGACUGUGGGCUUACCACCAGAGCCCAGAGAGAAGACCAUCUCCGCGCCCAUGCCUCCAGAUGAGCUGGUCAAGCUUAUUGAUCAGGCCAGUGAAAGUAACAUCACCAUCGCCAUUCUCACUCAGGAAAUAAUGGUGUACCUGGCCAUGAACAUGAGAACACAGCCGAACUUGUUCAGUGAAAUGUUCCGUCUUCGUAUUGGUCUUAUCAUCCAGGUCAUGGCCACUGAGCUGGCGCAGUCCCUUAACUGCUCCGGUGAGGAGGCCACAGAUAGUCUAAUGAAUCUGAGUCCCUCUGAGUUGAAGAACCUGCUCCAUCAUAUUCUGAGUGGGAAAGAGUUUGGAGUGCAGAAGAGUGUUCGCUCUGUACAGACAGGUGCUAGUCCUGCUAUUUCUAUCCAUGAAGUUGGCAACGUGGGAGCUACAAAGAGUGAGAGAGCGGGCAUCAGCAAACUCAAAAGUGACAUAAAGAUGUUGGAGGAACGCAGGUUGUCAUGGUCAGAACAAACAAAGGGUCAACACACACACACUUUGGAUGUUGAGCAUGUGGAAUCCGUGAGGUGCCGGUUUCCGUCCAUUGAGUCGUUAGAUGGGGCAACUGUUGCUCAUCCAGGAAAAGACAGUCGUCAGGGUCAGUGGCUACGCAGGAGGAGGCUGGAUGGAGCCCUGAACAGAGUGCCUGUGGGCUUCUAUCAGAAAGUCUGGAAGAUUCUACAGAAGUGCCAUGGACUCUCCAUUGAGGGAUUUGUGCUUCCAUCAUCAACCACAAGAGAGAUGACCCCAGGGGAGAUCAAGUUUGCAGUGCAUGUAGAGACAGUGCUAAACCGCGUUCCCCAGCCUGAAUAUCGCCAGCUGCUGGUGGAGGGGAUUCUGGUGCUCACGAUGCUUGCAGAUGUGGACAUCAACAGCAUUGGCAGCAUCAUCCACGUGGAGAAAAUCGUGCACAUGGCAAAUGAUAUGUUCUAUAAGGAUCAGAAGGAUCUGGGUGCUGAGGAUAGUAUUCUGGACAAAGACCGGUCCACUGGCAUCUGCAGGCUCUUGUACGACAGUGCCCCUAGUGGCCUCUACGGCACCAUGACAUACCUUACCAAGGCAGUGGCCAUUUAUGUUCAGGACUUCCUGCCCAGCGGCUCCUGUGCCUUACAGUAACUCUCGUGAUGUUUUCAGGUGGAUGGACAGAUAGCAUUAGCAAGAUACCUACAGUAGAUGUUGAGGCUGCAGUUAUGGUAGUUAGACACCAACACUGUUUAAUUAAUUAGUCUGAACUUAGUCUGAACUUUAUGUGUGCAGCAUCAGUGAAACGUAUUAUUUAAACUCACAUCAUCAUAGGCCAAUAGAAUAGGUCAUGUCUUAUCCACAUCCACACAUUCUGUUUACAUGAUUAUCUGGCUGUGGCCAGUUCAUAUGUGGAGCAGUGUUUAGUAUUGAUUAGAGGCAUCCUUUUUAUGAGUCAAACAAUUUUUGAUGUCAAAAGCAAUCUUGUGUGGAAUUGUAUUGUAGUUUUGUCAUUGUUCCUUUUUGAAGAAUAGUUAUUUUCUUGUAUUACAUCAAGACUACUACUGUUUUAAAUGUCAAUUAGUACAAUUUGAGAUAAAGGGAAUUAGGAAGAAAAACAAAGACUGUCAAAUGUCAAGGUGGUGUAAGUGAAAAUUUAAAAAUAGGCCUAUUGAUUUUAAAAUCUUUUAAUGAUUAGGGGAUUCGUGGUAUUGUAGGCUAAUGAUGGCCUCAGUAUUCAACAGGAAGUCACCACACAAUUUUAAUUUGAAGAGAAUGCAUGCUAAUCAAUUCAGCACCUCAGAUAGCUGCAGACUAGCAAUCAUAAUUUAUUUAUUUAAUGAAUUGUGCAUAGAUAAUUUACCAUAUAAUCUGGUACUAUGUAAAAUACUAUGUAUUUCUUUUGCCUCUUUACUACAACAGUGUGAAGAUGAACUUUUGCAGUGUUUACAUGCCUAAUAAAGGAGAAUCACCUCA